UGCCUCAGUCGCACACUUUUACCCAGAGUUCCACAGAACCCAGGAAGAGAUGAACAUGGCGCAGGUUGCAAGGAGCUUUUAAAAGUCCGUGGAAUGAAACAUAGCAGCGGGGAUAUCGUGAAAUCAUUAACGGAAUCAAGAAAGAAAGCACGGUGUUACACAAUAAUGCGAGUGUGAAAUGAUUUCACUCCCGAGGUCCUGGAUAACAACCGGUGCUCCAUUGAUGAAUGACAGGAGAGAACAGCGGCUAAGGAAUUGCUUCAAUUGCAUUCAUAAACAUUUUUUUAGGACUCACAAUCCUUGAGUUUCCUAUUUCCUCACUUUAAUUCAGAUACCACGCAUAUUUUGUAUGUAGAAAUCCAACGGAAGUAUGGCAGAAAAAAAAGAAAGGGAAAACAUUCAGCGACAAGAUUUUUCUAGGCUCCGAGAAGAACAAGGCAAGGUGGUCACUGGCUGUCAGGAGCAGAUACAACACUGGAUGAAAGUGGAAAGUGACUAUGAUGCUUUAGAGCAAAGACUGUGUUCAUUGCCUGAUAAGCUGUCAUAUGAUAUUAUGGUGCCUUUUGGUUCGCUUGCAUUUAUGCCAGGAAAUCUUGUCCAUACAAAUGAGGUUACUGUUUUAUUGGGAGACAACUGGUUUGCAAAAUGCUCUGCAAAACAGGCAGUUAAUCUGGUGGAACAUAGAAAGACACAUGUCAAGAAUAUUUUGGAGGACUUGCACAAAGUAGUAAAGAAUUUUGAAGCCAGAGUUGGAUUAACUGAAAAUUUGGAGAAACUCUCCACAGGAAAAGAAGGCUUUGUGGACAUUAGAGAAGAGGUUGAAAACGAAGAAAUCUUUACCAAAGGUAAGCAUAGAACUGCCCACAAGCCAUUUUCAAAACCUAAAGUACAAGAAGUUUUUGAGUCUGACAUCGAAAAUGGAAAAGGAUCAAAAUCGUCAAGUGGUAUUCUUUCUGAAGAAGAGCUGUGGGCCAGACUUGAUGAGCUUGAGGCGGAAGAAGAGAUGCUUGAUGAACAUGAGAGAAUAUCUUUCAAUGGGAAUAUAAACACGGAAGAAGCAACAUCUUCAUCUGAAGAAGAGAAAGAAGAUCACAUUAGGCAAUUAACCCAUGUACUUCAUAAUAAAGAAGACUUGCAUGUCAGUAAUGAAGACUCCGGGCUGAGGGAUUGUCAGUUAAAUGGUGCUGAUCAGCAACAUAUCGAUGAAAAUGAUAAUGAAGAGGAAAACAAUAUUCCAACAAUAUACUUUUCUCAUACUGUAGAGCCAAAGAGAGUUAGAAUAAAUACAGGAAAGAACACAACUCUCAAAUUCAGUGAAAAGAAAGAAGAAGCCAAGCGAAAGAGGAAAAACAGUAAUGGAAAUGGGCACAAUUUUCAUGAACUUCCAAAAAUUAAAACUCCUGCUGACAUUUAUCGGGUAUUUGUAGAUGUUGUGAAUGGCGAGAUGGUUCCCAGGAAAUCCAUUCUAAAGUCAAGAAGCCGUGAGAACAGUGUGUGCAGUGACACAAGCGAGAGCAGUGCUGCAGAGUUUGAUGACCGCCGUGGUUUCCUCCGUAGUUUAAGCCAUGAUGAAGCCACCUACAGUGAUGCAAGUGAAGGUAUCCUGGAGGAGGAAGAAAGUUCUCCCAGCCGACCUCAGCCACUCCCUGGAGCCUAUGAAGCAUUUUCUGGAACAGUUGUAGAGAAAGAUCCAGUUCUUCCCUCCACCAUUCCUCACUUGACCAUCACCCCUCCAGGCCUCCCUACUAUUCCUGAGAGAAAAGCUGAGGAAAUUUUACCAGAGAAGCCAAAAGAGCCAUCUAAAAGGGUCUCCAAGUUUAAAGCUGCCAGGAUGCAGCAACAAAAGUGACUUGAAUUUUUUUAAAUUGGGAUGGCAUGUAAUUUUCAUACAUUUUUACUUAUGCCUAGUUUCUGGAAAUAAUACAUAGGACAUUUGUUUGCAAAGAUCAGGCUUCUAAUAAUUUAGAAUAUUCAGAAGGUAGUAUAAAGCAUACAAAUCCACAAUAAUCAGUUUAUCAGUUUUUGAAAUAGAAAGUCUGAUUCAUGUGUCUUUUCUUAUGCUCUUGUAAAUGUGUUUUACAUACAACGUCCUUGAAUACUGUAAUAAAUAUGUAUUGGGAACAUAUGGGACCUUUAAAGAUGUGAUUUUGCCUUAAGUUUAAGCAACCUCUUUAGUUUUGUUUAUGCUUAGUUUAAAAAUGCAUAUUUUGCCAAUAUUUGUGACACAGCAAUUCAGAAAUUAUAUUUGUUUGCAAAAAUCAAGCAAUUUGCUCGAUAAUAUUUUCUGCUGGACAUCUGAAUGAAAAAUGUUAAUUUGUGUACAUUGUUUAAACAUACUGUAUCCAUUUAAAUUCUUUAUCCAGAGAUGCAUUGGUUGCAAAAUAAAAAUACAGCAAUAUUAGCUCCAAAUAGUUUACUUAUUUAAGCUUGGUUUUUCUUUUUGGUUAAGUUUUUAGCUAUUUAGCCAUUAUAUUUGAUUUUUCUUUCCUUCUUUUCCCGUUUACUUUAAAAAGAAGUCUUUCUGUGAAAGUGUGCUUAUCUGUUUUUUGGAGGACAUUAUAUACAUCUUGCUGUUCUUGAUAACAAAAAUGUUGCUUAAUGUAUUUAAGAAAACUUCAGAAAUAUGAGAUUAAGUACAUAAAAAAUAAAAUGAUUUUUCAUGGGUUA